GGCGAGUCCCGGGUCUCCCGCCAGGCCCCCAGCGCCGGUCCCGCACGCGGCGGCCGAGCAGGACGCGCUGGCGGCGACCUCGGGGCACGCGGGCCGGCGGGCGGCCGGGGGCGGGGCGGCGGCGGUUGAGGGGCAUGCGCGGCGAGGCGCGCGGCUUCUCAAACAUGGCGGCGGCGGUGUGAAGUCCGUUGCCGGUUAGCAGGGCUGGGGGGGGCGGACUUCUGCUACUGGCGCUGACGAGAGCGGAGGUGCGUGGCGACUCAGGGGCCCCGAGAGGAGCCGCGCGGCCGAGCCGUGGCGCCUGGGCCCUGGCUUUAGUCUGCCUCUGACCGGGCGUUUGCUGCCCUCGGAGGCAUGUCCCGCGCGAGCAACGCCCCCUCAACCGUCACUCCGGGGUGCAGCCGCGCCAGGGUUGUGCGUGCUGCGGGGCCCAGUGUCGACCUCUCCGCGGCGGCCCGGGCUCCCCUGUGCCCCUGCGGGCAUUCCCCGCAACGCCCCUCCGCCGCCCUUGCGCCGCCCCUCCCCCCGCUCCUGGGGCCCCUUAACCGUCCCGCCCGCGGUAUUCGGCAGUUAGAUCGCUGAGCGCCAGCACCCUACGGUUGUCCUCGGGCUCGAAGCGCGGACAGCGGCCUCUUGCCCAGCCUCCUGCCCAGCCUCCUGCCCAGGAAAAAUCACCAGAAGACAUACCAUGGGGCAAACAGUGAAGGAAGUACCAAUGAAUGACAAGAAGGAGAUUCAAGAAAAACCAUCUCAGUCAAGCACAUCUUCUGUGCAAAGUGAUGAUUUCCAUUGGGAUGAUUACUUGAAAGAGACUGGCUCUAUAAGUGCCCCACUAGAAUGCUUCAGACAGUCUAAGAUUCCACCAACCAAUGACUUCAAAGUUGGCAUGAAAUUGGAAGCGCAUGACCCUCGCAGUAUUACAUCAGUAUGUAUUGCUACCGUCGUCGGCAUUACUGGUGCCAGGCUUCGUUUACGGUUGGAUGGUAGUGACAACAGAAAUGACUUUUGGAGACUUGUUGAUUCUCCUGACAUACGACCUGUUGGGACAUGUGAAAAGAAAGGGGACUUACUUCAGCCUCCACUGGGGUACCAGAUGAAUGUGUCAUCUUGGCCAAUGUUCCUCUUGCGGACACUAACUGGAUCAGAAAUGGCGCCUGCAUCGUACUUUAAGGCGGAACCGCCAAAGCCAGCACUAAACAAUUUUAAAGUGGGAAUGAAACUUGAAGCUAUAGACAGAAAAAAUCCUUAUUUGAUCUGCCCUGCAACUAUCAGUAACGUUAAAGGAGACGACGUUUAUGUCACCUUCGAUGGCUGGAGUGGAGCUUUUGAUUACUGGUGCAAGUAUGAUUGUCGAGAUAUUUUCCCAGUUGGAUGGUGUCACCUGACAGGUGAUGUACUGCAGCCCCCAGGAAAUCAAACUCCCAUAAUAAAGAACACAGUCAAAGCACAGACUUGCUCUUCCAAAGCAAACCGGCGUUCAAUGCAGACAGCACAGAAAACUGCUGUAGCAGUCACAGCACAGCAGACCAGGAAAUCAGGUCGAAGUAAGGCAUCUGUGUUGACUUCAGCCUCUAAGAAGGGAAGUACUGUUAAAAUUACCACACAAAGGAAAAGAGGUCCGUCUUCAGGAAGAAAGGAAAAGCCUCUUCCUACUGUUAGUUCUACAUCAUCAACUUCUGUAAAAUCGCAGACCAAAGACAGUAGUCCUUCAAUUGAUAAGAAUGCUGCUUCUUCUAAAGUAGUAAUGUCUACAGUCUGUGUCUAUAUAAACAAAGAUGGAAACUCUGGCCCUUACCUGGAUCAAGCGAAGAUCCAGCAGCUACCUGACCACUUUGGCCCUGGCCCUGUGAAUGUGGUUCUCCGGCGGACUGUGCAGGCCUGCCUGGAUUGUGCCUUCGAAAGUAAAACCGUUUUUGGUUUUCUUAAAUCAGAUCAUCGUGGAGGAGAAGUGAUCACUGCCUCCUUUGAUGGGGAAACACAUUCUGCCCAGCUGCCUCCAGUGAACAGCGCAUCCUUUGCUCUUCGUUUUCUGGAGACCUUCUGCCACAGCCUGCAAUGUGAUAACCUCUUGAGUAGCCAGCCUUUUAGUGCUUAUAGAGGUAAUAACCCUAGUGCUGCACCUCACAGUACAGCUAAACCAGCAAAAGAAGACAUAGGAAAGAAAAGCACCAAACGUCCUUCUAAGCAUCCUCCGCCUUUUGUUCUUACACCCUCUUCUAAGUUUCCCAAAACAAGUUUCCAUUUCAAUAAAGAAAAAAUAUUACUUGAUGUGGGAAAAAGUAAAGCCAAGGAGGAAACACUUCCUGAAGCUGGCAAGAAAUCAUCACUAAAUCCAGCAAAGCCUUUGAGUCCUUCCAGCAAAAGUGCUCUGAACACUUCCACUGCGGUCUCCAAGAAUAGUUCUCCAACCAUGCCAGGCACCACAAGUUCACCGCAGACAGGGAGAAAGUCAUCUAGCAAGAGUAAACACCAUGAAGUUAAGAAGAAAAGCGAAGAUAAACCAAAAGAGAAAUCAAAAGAAAAAAAGAAAGAAAAGGAAAAACAUCACAAAAAGCAAACUAAUGCCUCAGCAACUGACGAGCCCGAAAACAACCAUGGGAGUUCACUUGCCAAGGCUGGCACCCCAUCAGCUUCAAGUUUUGUGGCUGCACCUGACUCCAGUGUCCCGAAGCAAGGCUUGCUUACGGACCCUUCGACCUGGUCUGUGGAAGAAGUGAUAGAAUAUAUAAAAUGUAAAGACCCUCAGAUAGCAGUCCUCCUCACCGACCUCUUCAGACAACACGAAAUUGAUGGGAAGGCUCUUCUGCUGCUCAAAAGUGAUGUGGUUAUGAAGUACAUGGGGCUGAAGCUGGGUCCAGCACUCAAGUUAUGUCACUACAUCGAAAAACUUAAAGAAGGAAAAUACAAUUGAGGAAAAAAAAAUCUACAUUUUGAUUGGCUAUACUUCUAGUAUGUUAAUAACUGUUAAAUAUAAAGGCAUUUUUAUUUGCUUAGCAUUUUGGGGUUCCUCUAAAAGUAGAUCUGGGCUUGCAGACUACAUUUACAGUCCAGUCUACUUCUGUUAAAGAACCAUGCAACCUGUUAGUGUUAGAAUAUUAAAAUUGGCAAAUAUGUAUGCCUCUUGUUAUUUUAAUCUCACAGUUUACAAAUAUACUUCAUACAGGAAACAGAGACACAUUCUAUUUUAGUAAAUUUUUAUAUGUGGAACCAAAACAGCUAAAUCCCAAAGGGGAAAGAAUCAGUAACUGACAAGUUUUCUAGUGAAAUCCGGGAGAAUUUUUUCUUAGAAAAGAAUUUAAAGUUGCAACCAUAGCUAUCAUCUCUUUUGCAAAUAUUUUAUGCCUAUUACUACCAUGUUCUGUUUGUACUCUACCAAUUUCCAGAAAGGAAAUAGCCAUAUAAAUUAUUUUCCUUUCGUUAUUAUGUCUGUUUGUGUAUUUGCCCAUAUUUAAAGAAAAAAAGCAAGCUUUUGAAUUUUCAUAAAGUGUUCUUAAUGGUUUUUGACGCAUUUAAAAAAAUAAUAUAGAAUAGAUAGAAUUGUUGUUUAUGCAGGAGAUAUUAUACUAUAAGGGUGGUUUGGAUAGAGUCUGAUAACAUUUUUCCAGUGAAAUAAAACGUACAUAUUUUUGCUAAGCUUAUACAUUUACCUAGGAAUUCACUUCUCACAUAUCUAUAUGAAUACACAUGUGCCCAAAUUUUAAAAAAGAUAUAUAUUUUAUUGUCGAUUUAUUCCUCAUAUGGAAGUAUACCAUAUUUAUAUAUUAUUCUCUAUCUGUACUAUUCAAACAAGUAAGUCUGUUCUUUUUGAAUUUAAUAUGGCACUUUGCACUGCCACAGAGGUGUCGAUGAACUAUGUAUAUAGCUAGAUGUUUUUAUUCUGUAAAAACAACAACAACAACAACAACAACAUGUGUAUCACUUGCUAUCACUCGUACCUCUCAGCUUGUGUCUUCAGGGGAUAAGAAACCAUCUACAGAUUGGUUUCUGUACAGGGAAGUUCUCUGUCCUAUGCAAUGCUUCUACUUACUUUGCUUAGUUCUGAGUCAUUUAUUCUGUUAAACUUUGGAAGAUGCAUUUACUCUGACUUACCAUCUUUGGCUUUGUCUUUAAAAUUAGAACUUUGAUGGGGAAAUGGUGCUAUAUGUUUAUUGUUAUUGCUUUGUACAACUUUGGUGUAAUGUUUAUAAGCUAUGAGAAUCUGUGCUAAAGUAUUAGCCAUUUGUUAUAAAUGCCCGUAAAAUAUACACCAGGGGCAGGAAUGUACAUUUUCUCUUUAGAAAACCAAAUGUACUUUAUGUAAGUGCAACUAUUUAAAGGGUGGUUUGCUCUGUGUUGUUUCUUCUGUGUUUUAAGAAAAAUUAUAAUUUAAACUUGGUCUUCUUUCAAAUGACUUGUGUGAAGAUGCUGUGUCCAGCCAAAUAGUCCUCAGGUGUUUGUAAUACUAUUGUUUUACAAUUCUCAGAUUAAAAAGUAUAAUAAAGUUAAAUAAUUGCAAUAAGCAG